AUGGUCCUGAAUCGGCUGGGGGCACCCCCAGCUUUGAAAACACUGCUGACAUCCUUCUAUCAUGAUGCUCGACGCAUUUUCCGGGUAGGCGGUGUUUGGGACACCGGGUGGUUUGAGCCCACCCGGGGUCUGCUGCAAGGCUGCCCAUUAAGACCCGUGGCGGCGCUGGCUGUGGGUUGCAUUUGGUCUCGCUUUUGUCAGGUUCCAGGAGCUCAGAAUCUGAUUUAUGUUGACGACAGAAUGAUAUGGCCGGAUCAUUCAAUGCCCGACCCAGUGGCUGCGGUUUCUCUGGCGCUUCAUAAAAGCGACAUAUAUGAUGCUGCGUUUAAUUUUACCUGCAAGCCCAGCAAAUGUGGAGUAGCUGCUGCCCUCGAUGACCAUUCGUUGGAUGUAAUAGCUGAAAGGCGUGGAUACAAACGCACAAGCCAUCUUGAUAUCCUCGGUGUUCGAUUGGACCUACAAGUGCAAAAUGCUUCCCCGCUGAAACUUCAUCUCCGAGUACUGCUGUUGCGAUUGCACUAUCUUAAAGUCCUCGGCCCGAAUGCCGCUCACAAGAAGCUGGUUAUUCACAGCUUAGUCUUCUCGGCUGUUCUUUGGGCGGCAGGAGUUGCUGAGCCAUGCAGCCGGGAAAUCAGGGAGAUCCAAAAAGCCACCCGGGCCGUCUACAAACAGCACUGCACGGACGAAACUCCUGCGAUUCUGCUCUAUGAGGUCUUUGGCUGGGAUCUGAAUUUGCGGUGGGCGCUGGACAAAGCCGCCCUGAAAGCGUUAUGGCGUUACGUCUGCAAACCUCCUGAGUGGUUGGACACCUUGCCUUUGACAAAUGCUUUUCCUGCUUGGGGCGUCAUCUUUCCAAUGGCGCAAGAGGUCCUAGAGCGACUUAACUGGCAAGCGCUUGUCCGUGACAAGGCCCUUUCUCGAACUGACGACAACGGCGUGCAAAGGAAGUACUUCUUUGGAGUCGACUCUUUCAAAGUGCUCAUUCAAUGGCUCACUGAGGCGCACAGAUACAAGGCUGUGAUGGAAUGUAUGCUUUUGCUGGACAUCGUUCACUUGGACAGCCCAGCGCCUCCUUGGAAAUUCGUCGAGCUUGCCUGGCAACAGGAGGCACUGCUUGGUACCAUAAUGCUCGGCACGGCCUUCGUGCUAUCUCUGGACAAGCUGUUCUUUGCAGAUGUGGAGGAGCGACUAUUUGGAGCACGGAUUCAAGAGUUUCCUGCUGCGCCAGCAGCUGGAAACGUGCAAAGGUUUGUGCAGCGCCUCGUUGAAGUCAUUUUGCGGGCAAAGCUCAGUGAUCUACUGCUGGUGGCAACGGAUGGAAGUUCGCAAGAUGACAUUGGGGCUUUUGCAAUUGUUGUUGAGAGUGAGAACGAACCUUUGGCCUGUGGGGACAGCCAUGAAGAUCAAAGCCCUUUUCGGCAGGAACUUCAGGCCAUCGUUUUCUUUCUUCAUGCGUCGCGGGUUGCCUGCAUCCACGGUGCCCGGAUUGCAGUUUUAGUCGAUUGCAAGUCGGCGAUCAAAGCCGUGCAAUCGCCGACCAACUGCUCAGCUCCACUGUUAGCCGGUCGUGCCCGUCGCGAUCUACUACAUCUCCGGGAGCAAGGCAACAUCAUCGAUUUUGUGUGGGUGCCUUCACAUGGAAAGAAAGAUGGAUGGCGCCCGCCGACCCCUCUCGAGGCAACGAAGCGUAGGCGACUUAACCAAAUUGCGGACGAGGCCGCGAAUAAGGAGCGAGCUGCGCGCUGUGUGGACUCCUCGCGAGCCAAACGGCAUCGAGCUUUUGAGUCCGCCGAAAAGCAAGAAAUCGCAAUCAUCCGAGCUGCGGCAGCAGCGUCAAAGGAACUUGAAGAGUACAUCCUGGCGACUCACGCUGCCAAUGCUAGAUGA